AUGGCCAGCGAAGCUACCGAAAAUGGAGAUAGAGCUCCUCGCGAGGUCAAGAACCACAUUCUCUUCGAGAUCGCUACAGAGGUCGCCCAUCGAGUCGGCGGCAUCUAUUCCGUCCUCAAAUCCAAAGCCCCCGUCACCACGGCCGAAUAUGGCGACCGCUACACUCUUAUCGGGCCCCUCAACCACCAGUCGGCUGCCGUCGAGGUCGAGGAGCUGGAACCCAACACCCCGGAGCUCGCCAAGAGUAUCGAGGCCAUGAGGAAGCGCGGCAUCGGCAUGCUCUACGGCAGAUGGCUAAUAGAGGGCGCCCCCCGAGUCCUGCUCAUCGAUACCAAGACCGCCUACAAGUACAUGGAUGAGUGGAAGGCCGAUCUGUGGAACGUCGCCAGCAUCCCCGCGCCGCCGGGCGACGACGAGACUAGCGAGGCCAUCGUCUUCGGCUAUCUGGUCGCCUGGUUCCUCGGUGAGUUUGUCUGCCACGAGAAGACGAAAGCUGUUAUUGCCCACUUUCACGAGUGGCUGGCCGGUGUCGCAUUGCCGCUCACAAAGAAGCGUCGCAUGGACGUGACUACCGUCUUCACCACGCACGCCACUCUGCUAGGUCGUUAUCUCUGCGCCGGCUCCGUCGACUUCUACAACAAUCUGCAGUGGUUCGAUGUCGACGCCGAGGCCGGCAAGCGCGGCAUCUACCACCGCUACUGCAUAGAGCGCGCCGCGGCCCACGCCUGCGACGUCUUCACCACCGUCUCGCACAUUACCGCCUUCGAGAGCGAGCAUCUGCUCAAGCGCAAGCCCGACGGUGUAUUGCCCAACGGUCUCAACGUCACCAAGUUCUCAGCCAUGCACGAGUUUCAGAACCUGCACCAGCAGGCGAAAGAGAAGAUCCACGACUUUGUGCGAGGCCACUUCUACGGCCACUACGACUUCGUCCCCGAGGACACGCUCUACUUCUUCACGGCGGGGCGGUAUGAGUACCGGAACAAAGGUGUCGACAUGUUCAUCGAGUCGCUUGCACGCCUCAACCACCGGCUAAAGAGUGCGGGCAGCAAGACAACGGUCGUCGCAUUUAUUAUCAUGCCGGCGCAGACGACCUCCCUGACCGUCGAGGCGCUCAAGGGACAGGCCGUCAUCAAGAGUCUCCGGGACACGGUCGACGUGAUCGAGCGCGGGAUCGGCCGCCGCAUCUUCGAGCGGUCGCUGAAGUGGCACGAUGGCGACCCCAUGCCCGACGAGAAGGAGCUCAUCACGAGUGCCGAUCGUGUCGUCAUCCGGCGCCGGCUCUUUGCCAUGAAGCGGAACGGGCUGCCUCCCAUUGUCACGCACAACAUGGUCAACGACCACGACGACCCCAUCCUCAACCAGAUCCGCCGAGUGCAGCUCUUCAACCACCCCACGGACCGCGUCAAGAUCGUCUUCCACCCCGAGUUCCUAAACUCGUCGAGUCCCAUACUGCCGCUCGACUACGACGACUUUGUGCGCGGCACCAAUCUGGGCGUUUUCGCGUCCUACUACGAGCCGUGGGGCUACACGCCGGCCGAGUGCACGGUGAUGGGUGUUCCCAGCAUCACCACCAACCUGUCGGGCUUCGGCUGCUACAUGGAGGAGCUGAUCGAGAACUCGAGCGAUUACGGCAUCUACAUUGUCGACCGGCGCAACAAGGGCGUGGACGACUCGGUCAACCAGCUGACUUCUCAAAUGUUCGACUUCUGCCAAAAGAGCCGGCGCCAGCGGAUCAACCAGCGGAACCGCACGGAGCGGCUCAGUGACCUCCUGGACUGGAAGAGGAUGGGCAUGGAGUAUGUCAAGGCGCGACAGUUGGCGCUGCGGCGGGCGUACCCGGCGUCGUUCAGCGGCGAGGAGGACGAGGAGGACUUCAUCCCGGGCGUGGAGCACAAGAUCUCGCGGCCGUUCUCGGUUCCGGGCUCGCCGCGCGACCGAGCAGGCAUGAUGACGCCUGGCGAUUUUGCCAGCCUCCAGGAGGGACGAGAGGGGUUGAACACGGAGGACUAUGUGGCAUGGAAGCUGCCCGAGGAGGAAGACCCUGACGAGUACCCGUUCCCACUGACGCUCCGGACUAAGAAGAACGGUGGCUUCUCGGGUUCGGCGUCGCCCCUCGACAACAUACAACUUAACGGGAACUAG